AGUUGCACUAAUAAUUUACACUCAUCUUUCCAUGCUCUUUUCUAUUAGUAGCUUACCAACAAAACCCUCCUUCUCGUUCCCCCAAAAUUCACAACAAUGGUGACCUCUUGCAUAAGCUUCGUCUCCUUGUACGGCUCCUUCCUCCGACGUUCCCUCGCUCUCUCAGGCCUCUCCUCUCAAUCCGUGGGUGUCGAUGCCUACACCACCAUCCACUUUUGGGGACCUAAACGACUCCCCGCGUCCGCCCGUUCUCCAUCUUCAAAUGGCGAGCAUCGGAAACCAUCGCUCGUUUUAAUUCACGGAUUCGGUCCUCACGGCGUUUGGCAGUGGCGCCAACAGGUGUCGUUUCUCGCGCCUUAUUUCGACGUCUACGUCCCCGAUCUAGUGUUCUUCGGUGAAUCCACCACGAAAUCCUCCGAACGAUCGGAAAUCUUCCAGGCGAGUGCCGUAGGGAAGAUGAUGGAGAAGGUCGGAGUGAGUAAGUACUCGGUGGUUGGGACGAGCUACGGAGGUUUUGUGGCGUACAGAGUGGCGGAGAUGUGGCCGGAGAGGGUGGAAAAGGUUGUGAUCGCAAGUUCAGGAGUGAACAUGAGGCCAAGAGAUAAUCAUGAGUUACUGAAGAGAGCGAACGUGGAGAAGAUCGAUGAGCUAAUGCUGCCGGAGACGGCGGCGCAGCUCCGGACGUUGUUCCGAUUAGCUGUAUCCAAUCGUGUUUACAUGCCGGAUUUUUUUCUCAACGAUUUCAUUGACAAAUUAUAUGGAGAAAACAGGAAAGAGAAGUUAGAAUUGCUGAAAGGGCUGGUGCUUGGCCAACAUGACACCCCUAACAUUUCCCCUCUUCAACAGGAAGUGUUGCUCAUAUGGGGUGAUCAGGAUAACAUCUUCUUGUUGGAUAUGGCAAAGGAGCUUAAAGAAAUGUUGGGAAAGAAUGCAUCAUUGGAAGUGAUAAAGAAGGCUUCACAUGCACCUCAACUUGAAAACGCCAAAAGCUUCAAUAAAAUUCUCUACAAUUUCUUGUGCGACUCCACAUGAUUUUACACACACACAAACACAUACUUGUUGAAUGAAUUUGGUUUGAAACAUUGGUUUCAUAUCUAGAUUCAUUGCUUCUUUUAGGGGUUGUUACAAUCUCAAUUCUCAACUAUCAAUUUUCUUGAUUUUGCAAAUGAGUGGCAUUAUAUUAGUCUUCAAGAAUCCUUGGAUUUGAGGAUUACAAACUAUG